UUUCAAGCAUACUUGUCAUUGUUGGACUGGACCUCUAUAUAUAAUAUUUAUAAAACUUCUAAAACCCAAAACAUAGGGAACGAAAAAACUGUGCUGAACUAUUAUUCAGAGGUAAAAAAAGAGAUGGUAUUCCACUUCUCUUUCUUAUUCACAAUUACAUUAUUCCAACCUAAGAAUAUACAGUAAGUCCUUGGCCAUCAUCUUCUGCCUUCCAUCUCCCCACGUAUAUCCCCAUCACACCACACGUAUACAUAACAUGCACAAUAAUAAUCUGAUCCCUGCAGAACCAUACAGCUGCCCUGCCCUUUUCAGUCCCUUUUAAAUUUCAGCGAGAGGCAACGCACGGGAGACUUCCAACUCCAUUGCCGUUCCAGUUUGACACAGACCUCAGCUAGCAGCUCGAGAGCUCCAUCCCACGUCGAUCGAGAGCAGCCAUGUACACCCUCACCCCGCGCUGCCACCUCCCGCCGCUGCGCCGGUCGCCGCCGCCGUGCCAGGCCGCCUCGACGACGACGACGACGCCGCCGCCGCCACCAUCGCUGUCCGUCCCGUCCCGCGCCGGCCCGGACGAGCUGCGGUCGACGUGGCCGCAGCGCGCGUGGACGCUGGCCGGCUCGGCCGCGAUCCUCUCCUCCCUCUCCACCUCCGCCUCCCUCGUGGCCGCGGGCGCGGGCUCCCCCGCGGCGCCGCUCGCCGCGGCGCCGGCCGCCUACUCCCUCGCCGACCUCGCCACGGGCGUCUACCACUGGCUCGUCGACAACUACGGCGACGCCUCCACGCCCGUGCUCGCCGCCCAGAUCGCCGCCUUCCAGGGCCACCACCGCCACCCGUCCACCAUCACGCGCCGGGACCCCUGCAACAACCUGCACGCGCUCGCGCUCGCCCCCGCCGACGCCGCGCUCUCCGCCGCGGGCGCGCCGCCCGCCGCGCACGCCUUCGCCGGCGCCUUCGCGGCCUGCGUCGUGCUCAGCCAGCAGUUCCACGCGUGGGCGCACGAGACGCGCCGCCGGCUGCCGCCCGGCGUCGAGGCGCUGCAGGGCGCCGGCGUGCUCGUGUCGCGCGCGCAGCACGCCGCGCACCACCGCCGGCCGUACGACACCAACUACUGCAUCGUCAGCGGCAUGUGGAACGGGGUGCUGGACAGGUACAGGGUGUUCGAGGCCCUGGAGAUGAUCGUCUACUUCCGCACCGGCAUCCGGCCGCGGUCGUGGGACGACACCGACGCCUCGUGGAUGGAGGUCGUCACCGGAGCCGAUGGCGCCGCCACAGCCACCGCCGGCGAUGAUGGUUCGGCACAUCAGACGGCGAGCAUCAGCUCUGACGGUAUGCACUGAUCAUGCGCAAUUGCAUCGCACAUAGAGGAAGUAUACAAGAAUGCUGAUCUCAAUCAAUGGGACUUUUGUUAUCUUAACUAAUUGAUGGGAUUGAAGACUCCAAGACAGUUCUUAUUUGGAGGAUCAAUCAUGGUACUAGUAAGUUAGACCGGAGAAAAACACAGUUCAAAGACAAUUUUAGUUUUCUUUUCAGGGAUUAAUCCCGACAAUAUAUAUUCUUUCCUUUUUCCUCUUUUGUGUAAAGCUUGUGUUGUAAUCCUUUAGCUAGGUCUGAGAAAGAGAAAGAUUGGUGCUAUCUGAAAUUCGAUAAUUUUCGGAAUGCUUUUCCUUUUCUUGCUCUA